AUGAAUGUUCUCCUAGAGCUACUGGUUGUGACCUUCAAGGUCAUUGGGCUUUGGCUGUUGGCUGUCAUCAAAGCUCUAGUUCCCAGCAGAUUCCAGAGCAAGAAAGAUGUCAGUGACCAGGUUGUCCUGGUGACAGGGGCAGGAAGUGGCAUUGGUCGUCUGCUAAGUGUCAGAUUUGCAAGGUUAGGGUCACGAUUAGUUCUCUGGGACAUUGACGAGCUGGGCAACCAGCAGACGUCUGAACUGGUUCGGUCUGCAGGAAGUGAGGCCUCCAUCUACACUGUGGACCUGUCCAAGAGGGCAGACAUUUAUAAAGCUGCUGAUAGAGUCAAGCAGGAUGUCGGGGAUGUAGACAUCCUAGUCAAUAAUGCUGGCAUUGUGACAGGAAAGAAGUUGUUUGACUGCCCGGAUGAGCUCAUGCAGAAGACAGUGGAUGUCAAUUGCUGUGCACACUUUUGG